AUGGAAGAACACGUCAUAUAUCAGAGGCUUUAUGGAUUGAUUCUUAUGUCAAGUUUUAUCUUUCUCUCAGAUACACUUUCACUAAAAGGGAAAAAGUUGGAUUUUUGUGGACGAGGUGACAGAUAUGUAAGCUUGACCAACACCAUUCCUGAACUCAGCCGAUUCACAGCAUGCAUUGAUCUGGUGUUUAUGAAGGACAAUUCAACUUAUUGGAUAGCCUUUUCGUAUAUUACCAAUAACACCCUCCUGGGCAGAGAAGACAUAGACCUUGGACUUGCAGGAGACCAUCAGCAGCUGAUACUGUACAACUUGGGCAGGACCUUUACUAUCAGUUACCACCUGACUCCAUUUCAAUGGCAUACAAUAUGCUUGAUAUGGGAUGGUGUGAAGGGCAGAUUAGAGCUCUUCCUGAAUAAAAAAAGGAUACUGGAAAUAAUGGAUCAACCACAAAACUUGACAAAUAAUGGAACUCUGAUAUUAGGGCACUUUCUCAAGAAUGGAAACAGCCAACCUGAUAGUGUCGUGCCCCGCUUUAUUGGCAGUUUGUACUACUUCCAACUCUGGGACCACAUCCUGGAAAAUGAGGAGUUUAUGAAGUGUUUAAAAGGAAAUGUAGUUAGUUGGGAAGAAGAUGUUUGGCUUGUCAACAAGAUCAUCCCCACUGUUGACAGGAGACUGCGCUGCUUUGUUUCUGAAAAUAUGACAAUUCAAGAGACAAAUACAACUAUUACCCAACAAAUAGAAUUGACAACUUCAUCUCAAGUCACUGAAUUAAAACCACAAAAGACUGUGUAUUCCUCUACAGUGAUGUCUAAAAGCAUGCCUUUAUUUGCUACUGAUUAUACAACCAUAUCAUAUUCCAAUACAACAUCUCCACCUCUGGAAACAACUGCACCAAAUUUUUUAAAGACAUCCAUAUCUGAGGCAGCUACAUUUUCACCAGACAUUUUAUCAACUUCAGCAACCAUCACUCUGCCUACCCAGAGUAUGUCCACAGGCAUCACUACUAAUUCCAUGAAUGUAACUAAAUUAUCAUCUUCAGAAAGAACAAGAACAACAAAAAUGGCUGAAGCCAUGACUACUGAAAACUUUCAUCCGACUGUAGCUACUAAUUUCCUACCUUCAUCUGAAUCUACCAAGAAUUCACUUGUAUCCCAAACUUCGACAAUUGAGUCUCAGUCUGCCAUUAUGAAGACAACAUCUUUAUUUUCAGCCAUUGAGUCAAUAUCCAUGUCUACAACAUCUUGGCCCAAACACGUAUCCACAGAUAUAGGGGCACUUCCUGUCUCCACAGCCAUACAGGAAUUGCUUGCAUCUACAGCUGCCAGAACUGAACCUUGGUCCACUGCAGAAAAGACUUCAAUUAAAACUACUCCAUCAGCAUCACCACCCGAGUCUGUGCUCAUAUCCACAGCUGCUCCAGUGGAUUCUGUAUUUCCUAGAAAUCAGACAGCAUCUACAAUGGCAACUACUGAUACAGUAAUAGCAUUUACAGUUCAUUCAGUGACAUUCCCAACUAGGCCAACUGAGAUUACUCAUGCUCUAAGAACAGCUGAACCAGGGCUGACAUCUACACAUUUCCAGGACGUCUCGGCACCCAGAGUAGAGGAUGUCGUAUCUACCUCCAUGCCAAAAGAGACCUCUUCUAUGGCCCUUACUUUUAUGACAUUCUCUCCAUUCACCAGAACUCAGAAUGUACAGACGGUGAUCAAUGCUGAGACCACACAUAGAGCCUUAACUUCUGGAAUCACACUUGCACCUACAGUGACUAAAACUAUGUCUUCUCCCACAAUCAAAGUACCAGUAUACACCCAAAAACCAGCCUCAACUAGUGAACACAUGCUUACUUUGACUUCUACUAGAUCAACUUCCACAUCUAAGACAUUUGAGUCAGGUUCUAUAUCUGUGACUGAUGAAGUUAACCAUCUGUUCUCCACCAAUGAGACGACUUGGACUUCCAGACCAGACCAGACCUUUCUGACAUCUAUAAAUACAACCACCAUACUUACAUUUGUGCCUAAUAAAAAUUUUACAUCAGCAUUCCAUAGGAGUACUGCUAAUACACAACAUACGCAAUAUAGACCCACAAAUUUUAUUACCUCACCAGAAAUAUCCACACAGAGUAAGACUACCACUACUGCUGAUGCUACCACAGCCAGAUAUACAGCAGCUCUUUCCAAAUUGACAUCUCCAUGGUUUACUAAUUUCUCUACUAUUUCUGGAACCACAUCUGUUACCAAACUGCCUGAGUUUAAACUUACCACCUCACUACUAAAAUCCAUCCCUAUGUCUACAAUAGCUGUAAGUGAAAUUUAUUCAACUCGAGGUGAGACGGUUCCACCAGUAGAUAUAAUAUCUACCAUUGCUGAUAUUAAAUCACAUUUUUCUACCGAGGAGAAUGCAUCUGAAACCACACAAACAGAAACAAGUGGUGUAAUUACAUUUGGAGAUACAACAGCCUCUGUACCAAAAUCUGCAACAACACAAUUUGAUGCUAUUGUGACAAGAAAGGAAACAACUUCUCAUUAUCUUAAGGAAAAAUCAACUAUAGCAGCAGUGACUGAGGUGUCUUCAUUUUCAACAAUGUUGGAACCUACAGACAAAUUAGCACAAAUGGCAACAACUUCUGUCACUGUUUCCCCUUUUCCUGACACAGAAAACUCCACUACUCCUUUAGACAAUAAAACUGCAACUACUGAAGUGAGAGGAAGUUGGUUUCCCACAAAACUGGUGAAAACUACACCUACAAGUUUAUACAAUAGGACUAUAGGAGUCUUGAAUUUCACCCACACCUAUACAUCACAUUGGACUUCAGAGACAUCUGAGAGGAAUUCCACUCUAUCUCCCACUUCUAGGAGCACACAGACAUUUCCUGAACAAUUAGGUGCUUCCACUGCAAGGAUAUUUGGGACCAAUUUCACCACCACCGUUACAGACAAGACAACUAUGCCCUUGUCUACUGGUAUCUUGUCUCCACAGCCUACAGCUAUUCAUUCCUCAGUAACACCUGAGCCUGUUACCCAUGUAUUCUCACUGCCAGAUAAUGUCUCUCCUGUCACUUCUAUGGUGGCAUCUAAUGAGACUACGGUGACUAUGCCUGAGCCUUCUACACUGGCCAGGGCUUUCUCCACAUCUUUGCUCUCAGAUAUCUCAACUAUGUCAUCAGUCACAGUUACCACAGCAUUAGUGCCAUCAUUGGAUCAAACUGCUUCCACAACCAGCAAUACCAUAACUACUCACAGAGACUCGAUUCAUACCACUUCAGAGGCCACAGUGAUCUCUGUCAAGAUGACACCCAUGGCGGUUUCCUCUCCAACAGAAACUCCAAUCUCCUCAUUGAGAGCACCCACUCCUGUGACAACUACAGCUGUAACCAUCCUUCCUUCCACCUCAGUUGAUACAAUAACCCCAUCUACACACACCCUUGUCUGUUCAAAACUUCCCCCUGAAAACAUUCCUAUUGUGUCCUCCACUCAUGUGAUCUCAACUACAUCUACACCAGCAGCAACUCAAUCCAUAUCUCAAGUGGAGAAGACUUCUACCUAUUCUCUCAGCUUCCCACAUACUUUCAGUGGUGGUGGAGAUGUUGUUAGUUUGGGUACUGGCACCACAGAGACCGCUGCUGUUGAUGGGACGAUGUUGUGGGACACCUCUGCCAAUAAGCUUACUACCUCAGUAGAUGUUCACUUUUCUCAGUUUUCCACAAGUUCUAUAAACACACCAGUCCCCACCAGAUUGGUAACUGGCCUUACCUUACCUUCUGACAAAGAGAAGAUGACCACCUCCCUGGAAAACACCCCUAGAACUAUGGGGGUGAUAGAAAUGUCUCCACCAGAGAAUUCAUUUUAUUCAUCUUCAGAGAUUCCACUUAGGACCCCAUCUGAUGGGAAUUCCACUUCAUCUCCCACUUCCGGGAGCACACAAACUACACCUACCUCAACCUCAAGUAACACAGAGGUUGGAGUAGAUGUUCAUGUUUCAGAAAUGUCUACCAGUCUUGGGAAAACAAUUCUCCCUUCACAAACUCCAACAAUCACCACAUUUUUGUCUUCUGUAAAACAAAACGCGAGUGUCUAUUCAACAUACACUCCUAGGACUGGAGAAGUGAUAGUAAGCUCCACCUCUGUGACUCACCCUGUCUCAUUCAGCCAGGAUAUGACCUCUGUAGAUACUACAGCUUCCAGGACAACCACAAUAUCAAAUCCUAUGAACAUCAACACAACUCUCUCAUACUUGCCUUCACCUAGGACUGAGCCUGAGGUGACAUCAGUUCCCUUUUCCAUUUCCGAAAGCACCCAGACUUCACCUGAGCCUUUGUAUCUUUCUACAAUUGGGCUAUCUAAUGCCAAUUUUACAACUAUCUCUACUGAUGGGAUCACUACAGCUCUUUCUGUUACAAAUGAAGCUCCAACAUUUCUUGGGAAAACCUCUUUGGCAACACCCAUUCCCACUUACCAGAUGUCCUCGUUGCCAGUUAAUGUCACUGCCUUCACCUCCAAAAAUUUUUCUGACACUCCCACAAUACUAAUGAGUAAGUCUCCUAAAACAACACAUUCAGGUUGUUUGAAAAAUCCUUCUAUAGCCACUUCUAGGCCUGUGUCUGAGAUGUCUUCAAUGCCAAUUAAUGACUCCAUUUUCUCACCUGCAGCUGUUUCUUCUGACACUUCCACAGCAGUUGGGUUAUUCUCUGCUUUAUGGUCUUCAAUUACCCCUAGGACUACUAUGAAUACAAUAGAUGUCACACCUGUGACAUAUGUUGAACCUACUUCAAAAAGUGAAAUGGUCUCCUCUGUUUUCACUACUUUGGAAAUGACAGAGAGAAUACCUACAUCUUUCUCUUCUCUAAUGGAGCCAACUUUUCCUUCUGUAAAAACCAAUCCAACCACUAUUAAGGCUGGGAUAGUAACUCCAUUUAUAGGAGCCACUACCUCCUCUCUCCUCAGUUCUAUGAACACUGAAGCUAUUUCCCCCAUUACAAAGACCACAUAUUUACCGUUUAUAUCAACAACCCAACAGCCAUCACAAGGAGAUGAGGAUACAAGUCUGGGCAUAUUAUCUGGUGUUACCAACAGCUCCCUAUGUACUGUGAAAAGUGGUAGAGUGACAGCUCUCACAAAUACUUAUUCCAGAACUGCAGUUCUUGAAAGUAUGCUUUCACCUACUCCUUCAUAUAAUCUCCACAUCUCCUUGAACAUUCAAGGUUCCCCAUCUUUGAGUAGCUUUAAGAGUACUCCCAGACCCACAAAAAAUAUAAAAGGCACCACCACUUACCUUUAUUCUAAUAUAGGAAAAACAACUUUCUCAUUAGAAAAUACUUCCUUAACAGUUGAUCUAAUCAACAGUGCCACAUUUGUGAAUACCCCUGUUUUAUCCCCUUCAUGGACCCUCUCCAGUACAAAUCCAUCCUCUUUGACAUCAUUUCUUUCAACUACCACUGCUCAUGCACCUACACCCAAUAAUAUGAAAACAGAGACACCGUACCUUGUUCCUGAGUCUUUGUCAACAUUUUCAACUUCUCAGAGUGGUCUAGUAUCUAGAGAUGCUAUGACAAUGUCAUCAAUUUCCACAUCAGAAAUUCCUUCUACCUUUAGGCUUUCUGAGAGCUCUCCAUUUUCAACAUCUUCAGAAGGUAUACCUACCACUUUGGCUGACAUGAAGCACAUGUUUGAGAAAACAUCCAUAGCUAUAACUCCUAGGAACACACUCAUAUCAAAUUCUUCUAGUGCUGCUUCAGGAUCUAUAAUUUUAAAGGCUACUAUUUCACCCAUGCUGACUUGGAUCCUAUCCAAUCUCCCUUCACUUUCUCCUUUAAACACUAUAUCUAAUGCUCCUCAUGUUAUAACGUCCUCUACAGUAGAGGUGUCAAAACCUACAUUUCUGACUUCUGACAUGACACCAAAGCACUCCUUCACUAACUUUACACUACCCUUUGCUAAUGCAAGCACUGUACUGAGCAAAACUACUCCUACAUUUAUACCGGAUGAUAUCUCUACUGGCUUCCCAACUUCUCUCUCUAUGUCUAUAGAAGUAACAGAUGACAGUGUAUACAUUUCCACACCCCUGGAGGGAUCCUCCAGAGCAACUGUGACUGCCAACUCCAGGAUUGUGUCUCAACCUCCAUUCUUUAGUGGAAUGAUUAUGUCAUCUUCUAAAUCCGACCACACCCUAUCCAUCAGUUCCAUACAUCCGCCUAGCGCUGUGAUAACAUCUGCAUGGAGCAGAAAUCCAGCUGCAUCAGCAUCCCCUACUUUAAUUCUUCCUAAGCCCACACUGAUCUCCCUUCUAAAUAUAACCACUACUAUGUCCACUGCUAUUGGAGACUUAUUUCCUCACACAUCCACUAGAAUGAUACAUCCUUCUAUAGCAACUGUGUCUUCACUAUCCUCUUCCCCUUUUGAGACAACCUGGCUGGACCCCACACCUUACUUUAUAUCUAUGGAAACAACAACUUCACCUGUUGCUAUUGUGUACACAGUUUCCUUCUACAAUAUUGAAAUGAGCCUCUCUGUCUUUGAUGAAGAGCCAAGGAUCCCUAUUACCAGUGUUAUACACGAAUUUGUAGGAAAUUGGUUGGAUUCUAAAUUUCAGGACAGUGAAUUUUCUGUUGCUAAUCUGGCUAUCCUAAUCAAAAGCAGAGAGACUUCUGAGGAAGACAUAGCCAUGGACCAAGCUAUUGUUGAACAGAGAGAAGGGCAAGAAAUGGCUACAAUUUCCCAUGUACCAUACAGCUGUGCUUGUCAGGUCAUCGUAAAAGCCUACUCUUCUCUAGCACCCUCUGAAUUGAUUGACAGGAUCAAAAGUAAAAUACAUGGCAACCUCACACAAGGAAACUUCACGCAAGAUCAUUUGACGUUAUUAGUGAAGUCUGAACAUGUUGCAGUGACAAAACUAGAGCCAGGAAAGUGCAAAGCUGAUGAAACCACCUCUAAAUACAAAGGGACCUAUAAGUGGCUUUUAACCAACCCUACUGAGAUGGCCCAAACUCGAUGUAUAAGAAAUGACGAUGGAAAUGCCACUAGGCUCUGUUCAAUCAACAUCUACACUGGCAAAUCUCAGUGGGAAAAACCAAUGCUUAAACAAUGCAAAUUACUUCAAGAACUUCCUGAUAAGAUUGUGGAUCUUGCUAAUAUCACCAUAAACGAUGAGAAUGCAGAUGAUGUUGCAGAGCACAUUUUAAAUUUGGUAAAUGAAUCCCCACCUCUGGAUGAAGAAGAAAUAAAGAUUAUUGUUUCCAAAGUAUCUGAUAUUUCACAAUGUGAUGAAAUAAGUAUGAACCUCACCCAGAUUAUAUUACAAAUAAUCAAUUGUGUUUUGGAAAAGCAAAAUGAUUCAGUCUCUGAUCUGCACGAAGUACAAAAUGAAAUUCUGAAGAUAAUUGAGCUGGCUGGUCACAAGAUGGAGUUUUUGGGAAGGACAGCAAACCUGACUGUGUCCAGACUAGCACUGGCUGUGCUGCGGGUAAACCACAUGUUUGAAGGCAUGGCCUUCAACAUUCGCUCCUAUGAAGAAGGUGCAGACCCCGAGAUUUACUUAAGUGAUGUCCCUCUGGGGAAAGCUUUGGCUUCUAUAUAUCUGCCUAAAUCACUGAGGGAAAGGAUUCCUCUUGACAACUUGCAGACCAUCUUGUUUAAUUUCUUUGGCCAAACUUCACUAUUUAAAACCAAAAAUGUCACCAAAGCAUUAACCACAUAUGUUGUGAGUGCCAGCAUUUCAGAUAUGUCCAUUCAAAACUUGGCUGACCCAGUGGUUAUCACUCUGCAGCAUAUUGAAGGAAAGCAGAAUUAUGAUCAAGUUCACUGCGCUUUUUGGGAUUUUGAGAGCAACAAUGGACUAGGUGGAUGGAAUUUAUCAGGCUGUAAAGUAAAGGAAACAAACGUAAAUUACACAAUCUGUCAGUGUGACCACCUCACUCAUUUUGGAGUCUUAAUGGAUUUAUCCAGAUCUACAGUGGAUGCAGUGAAUGAACAGAUAUUAGUGGUUAUCACAUACACUGGAUGUGGAAUCUCCUCUGUUUUCCUAGGAAUUGCAAUGGUGACAUACUUAGCUUUUCACAAACUUCGAAAGGAUUACCCUUCCAAAAUCCUGAUCAACCUAUGCACAGCACUACUGAUGCUAAACCUGGUGUUUCUGGCCAAUUCCUGGUUGUCAUCAUCUCAGAAAGUGGGAUUUUGUAUCGUUGCCGCAGUGGCACUUCAUUACUUCCUGCUCGUUUCUUUGACUUGGAUGGGCCUGGAGGCAGUCCAUAUGUAUUUUGCUCUGGUCAAAGUCUUCAAUAUAUAUAUUCCAAACUACAUCCUUAAGUUUUGUCUGGUUGGUUGGGGAAUCCCAGCGGUCCUGGUGGCAAUCAUAUUCAGUGUGAAAAAAGAUCUGUAUGGAACUCUGAGCACAACAACUCCCUUCUGUUGGAUUAAAGAUGAUUCUAUCUUUUACAUCUCAGUGGUGGCUUAUUUUUGCCUCAUAUUUCUCAUGAAUUUCUCCAUGUUCUGCAUUGUUUUUGCUCAACUGAAUUCCAUGAAAUCCCAAAGCCAAAAGAGUCGGCGGAAGCUGAUCCUGCAUGACCUCAAAGGCACAAUAAGCCUGACAUUUUUACUCGGCCUCACCUGGGGGUUUGCCUUUUUUGCCUGGGGACCUGUGAGGAUCUUUUUCUUGUAUCUUUUUGCCAUUUUUAAUACUUUUCAAGGAUUCCUCAUUUUUGUGUUUCACUGCUUGAUGAAGGAGAGUGUACGGGAGCAAUGGCAGAUACACCUCUGUUGUGGGUGGUUGCGACUGGAUAACUCUUCUGAUGGGGGCAGCAGAUGUGGAAUAAAUGUUGGGUAUAACCAGGAGAGACUGACGAAAACACUUGAACGCAAAUUGUUGAUGCCAUCCCUCAAAUCAACUGCAACUAGUUCUACUUUCAAAUCUUUAGGCUCUGCACAAGACCCUUCUUCAGAAAUAUGCUUCCAAAAUGAUGACUUUGAUGAAGAUCCCUUCCGUUUCGCUCCCUUGUGUUGUGCCUAA